CCUGAUUUUCCUAAUUUAACUCAUAUAAUUAAAAUCUAAUCUCCUACUUUAAAAAGAUCCGUAUCAACAAAAAAAACAUCCUUACAAAACAAAACAAGUCUACAACUACAGUAUCCAUCCCGUAAUAUUCCCAAUCGCCAGUUACACGCAUCUCGCUCUCUUUUUAUAUCAUCUUCCAUCUUCUCUCACUCUACUCUCCUACUUUCUCUCUCCUCCCUUGAUUUCCCCCCUUUUUUCUCUCUCCUCCUCCUCUUUCUCUCUCCUCAAACCUUCGAUUUUAAUGGCGGAAUACACGCCGUUACAUAACGACGUCGAACAACCUCCGUCUUUACCUUCUACGCUUGCUCCUACUCCGAUGAAUGUCGCCGGAAAAUCUAAAACCUCGCGCGUCGCUUCUCUCGACGUUUUUCGCGGUCUUUGCGUCGUUCUGAUGAUGGUGGUUGAUUAUGGAGGUCCAAUAUUUCCUUCUAUAUCUCAUGCGCCUUGGAAUGGAUUGCAUUUAGCCGAUUUUGUCAUGCCUUUCUUUCUCUUCAUCGCCGGACUUUCUCUUGCCAUUGCUUACAAGAAAGUUGGGGACCGUAUGGAUGCGACAAAGAAGGCAACAUUAAGAGCUAUGAAAUUAUUUAUUUUAGGUGUUUUUCUUCAAGGUGGUUAUCUUCAUGGUGCCAAGUCCUUGACAUACGGUGUUGAUAUUAUGAGAAUACGCUGGAUGGGAAUCUUGCAGCGGAUAUCUAUUGCGUACCUAGCUGCUGCAUUAUGUGAAAUUUGGCUUCCAUGUCAAAAUUGGAGAAAGUUCAGAAUUGUUAGAAGCUACUUUUGGCAGUGGUGUGUCACUUUGCUUUUGUCCUCCAUAUACAUUGGACUCCUGUAUGGUUUAUAUGUUCCUGAUUGGGAAGUGAGUAUGUCAAACUCUGGUUCAUCUGUGCCUGCUGUAAAUGGUACCGAUGUCUACAAGAUGAAAUGUGGGUCAAGAGGUAGCAUUGGCCCUGCCUGCAACUCAGCUGGAAUGAUUGAUCGCUAUUUUCUUGGUAUUAAUCAUCUCUAUAUGAAGCCUUCUUUUAAAAACUUGAAGGUAUGUAAUAAAUCCAAGGAUGGCCUAGUACCUGAAACUUCACCUUCAUGGUGCCAUGCUCCUUUUGAUCCAGAAGGAAUAUUGGGUUCUCUCACUGCUGCUGUGACCUGCAUUAUUGGACUCCAGUUUGGUCACAUUCUUGUACAAACACAGGAUCACAAGGAACGGCUGCAUAGAUGGUCCAUGCUUUCAUCGUUCACUUUUAUUCUUGGACUAUACCUUGUCUUCAUGGGUAUUCCCUUGAAUAAAUCGCUGUUUACAGUCAGUUACGUCCUUGUUACUUCAGCUUGUGCAGGAUUCGUAUUUUGCUUGUUCUAUUUAUGGGUUGAUGUUUGGGGAUACAGGAGACUGAUGUUUGCAUUGGAGUGGGUGGGAGUUCAUGCUUUGAGCAUUUUUGUUUUAUUGACUUCAAAUAUAGCAAUUGUUGUGUUUCAAGGAUUUUACUGGAGGACACCUGAAAAUAACCUGAUUCAGAUGGUUAUCAGCUGCUUCGUCCGGCAAUGACACGCAGUGUUUAACUAUUACUUCCUCAUUCUCUAUGCGCAGCUGCAUUCGCUCCACGGAGAUUGGGGAAGUUGGAGUUACAUACAAAUAGAGGUUCCUGACUAUCACAUUGGCUGAAGCUUCUUAUGGUACUGUUUACACUUGUGAGUUGUGAACCAUAUUGCUUUGCCAAUUUACCAAUUGCCAAAGUAAAUACACACAGCUCUGUUGAUGCAAACAGCUGCAUCUUAUUUCCAGGGCGUUGUAUACUUAGGCCAGAAGAUCUUCCUGACGGUUUUGUGGCUUCAGGAGGAAAGAAGAAAUGAAACAGCGUAUAUCAGGCAGAGUUCAUGGACACAAUUCUCGGUUGUGCAUACCCAUUGACAGUGCCAAUAUGAGUGGGGGGUAUAGAAUGAUUGAAGGUUCAGAAUUUAGGCGUUACUACAAUAAGAUAGAUUCUGAAUAGGCAAAAUUAAUUAUAUCUAAUUAUAUGUGAGGAUGGAUGUAUAUAAAUUUAUUAUUACAGUGAUUUAAUCAUAUUGAUAACACGAUUCGUGUCAA